AUGUUCAGGCUCAGGCUACAGUCUCACGGCGGCUCAGACUACAGUCUUACGGCGGCUCAGGCUACAGUCUUACGGCGGCUCAGGCUACAGUCUUACGGCGGCUCAGGCUACAGUCUUACGGCGGCUCAGGCUACAGUCUUACGGCGGCUCAGGCUACAGUCUUACGGCGGCUCAGGCUACAGUCUUACGGCGGCUCACGCUACAGUCUUACGGCGGCUCACGCUACAGUCUUACGGCGGCUCACGCUACAGUCUCACGGCGGCUCAGGCUACAGUCUCACGGCGGCUCAGGCUACAGUCUCACGGCGGCUCAGGCUACAGUCUCACGGCGGCUCAGGCUACAGUCUCACGGCGGCUCAGGCUACAGUCUCACGGCGGCUCAGGCUACAGUCUUACGGCGGCUCAGGCUACAGUCUUACGGCGGCUCAGGCUACAGUCUUACGGCGGCUCAGGCUACAGUCUUACGGCGGCUCAGGCUACAGUCUUACGGCGGCUCAGGCUACAGUCUUACGGCGGCUCAGGCUACAGUCUUACGGCGGCUCAGGCUACAGUCUUACGGCGGCUCAGGCUACAGUCUUACGGCGGCUCAGGCUACAGUCUUACGGCGGCUCAGGCUACAGUCUUACGGCGGCUCAGGCUACAGUCUUACGGCGGCUCAGGCUACAGUCUUACGGCGGCUCAGGUUACAGUCUUACGGCGGCUCAGGCUACAGUCUUACGGCGGCUCAGGCUACAGUCUUACGGCGGCUCAGGCUACAGUCUUACGGCGGCUCAGGCUACAGUCUUACGGCGCCUCAGGCUACAGUCUCACGGCGGCUCAGGCUACAGUCUCACGGCGGCUCAGGCUACAGUCUCACGGCGGCUCAGGCUACAGUCUCACGGCGGCUCAGGCUACAGUCUCACGGCGGCUCAGGCUACAGUCUUACGGCGGCUCAGACUACAGUCUUACGGCGGCUCAGGCUACAGUCUUACGGCGGCUCAGACUACAGUCUUACAGCGGCUCAGACUACAGUCUCACGACGGCUCAGGCUACAGUCUCAAGGCGGCUCAGGCUACAGUCUCACGGCGGCUCAGACUACAGUCUCACGGCGGCUCAGCUACAGUCUCACGGCGCUCAGACUACAUCUCACGGCGGCUCAGACUACAGUCUCACGGCGGCUCAGACUACAGUCUCACGUCGGCUCACAGUCUCACGGCGGCUCAGACUACAGUCUCACGGCGGCUCAGACUACAGUCUCACGGCGGCUCAGACUACAGUCUCACUGCGCGGUCUCACGGCGGCUCAGACUACAGUCUCACGACGGCGGCUCACUGACUACAGACUACAGUCUCACGGCGGCUCAGACUACAGUCUCACGGCGGCUCAGACUACAGUCUCACGGCGGCUCAGACUACAGUCUCACGGCGGCUCAGACUACAGUCUCACGGCGGCUCAGACUACAGUCUCACGGCGGCAGACUACAGACGAGACUACAGUCUCACGGCGGCUCAGACUACAGUCUCACGGCGGCUCAGACUACAGUCUCACGGCGGCUCAGACUACAGUCUCACGGCGGCUCAGACUACACUCACGGCGGCUCAGACUACAGUCUCACGGCGGCUCAGACUACAGUCUCACUGCGGCUCAGACUAGUCUCACGGCGGCUCAGACUACAGUCUCACGACGGCUCAGACAACAGUCUUACGGCGGCUCACACUAG